AUGGAGCUUCUGAGGGACUAUGACAUCACCAUUCUCUGUCAUCCGGGGAAAACUAAUGUUGUAACUGAUGCCUUGAGUCCCAAGGCUGCCUAUAGCUCCAGAUAUUCCAUUCAAUUGGGUGCUAUGAAGAUGUAUCGAGAUCUGAGGCAACACUGCUGGUGGGGGAGGAUGAAGAGAGAUAUUGCAGAUUUUUGUGGGCAAGUGUGGGAACUAUCAGCAAGUCAAGCAGAGUUGGGUACUCAGUUGGAUCUUAGUACAACUUUUCAUCCCCAGACUGAUGGUCAGUCUGAGAGGACUAUCCAUUUACUUGAGGAUAUGUUGAGAGCAUGCGUCAUAGAUUUUAGUGGUCAAUGGGACAAGCACAGAUUUAUUGAGAGAGUCUGUGGACAGGGUGAAGCUUAUUCAGGAAAAGCUUCUAGCAGCCCAGAGUCAACAGAAGAUGUAUGUGGACUGAGAGGUUCGGGACUUAGAAUUUAUGCUGGGCGGGCAGGUGCUUCUGAAGAUCUCACCCAUGAAGGGUUUUAUGCGAUUUGGGAAGAGAGGCCUGUUAGGUGUUCAUCUGAUUUUUAUGUAGGUAUGCUGAAGAAGUAUCAUUCUGAUGGUUCCUAUAUAGUUCCUUGGGAUUCUGUGUUGCUUGAUGAGCAUUUGUCUUAUGAGAAGGAGCCUAUAGUGAUUUUGGAUAGGCAGGUUAGGAAGCUGAGGCCGAAGGAGAUUGCUUGGGUCAAGGUUUGGUAG